AUGGUGCAACAUCGUACUUUAAUGCCCAUUAACUUGUGCAAUGCGGCGACGAAAAUUCAAGCGUCGUUCCGCGGUCACCAAGCGCGCAAGCAGACCCAGGUUGAAAAAACCAAGGAACAACAGGAUAAGGAGGAUGUCGAGAACAUCGACUUGACGGAUCCCGAGCUGAACAAGGCUGCCACUAAGAUACAGGCCUCCUUCCGCGGUCACAAAGUUCGCAAAGAUACCAAUUAA